CAACGUUUCAGCUCCAGCGACAUUGCUCACAAGCUUGAUUCACUCCGAUUUCCAAAUGAUAAACACCUUAUAGACAAGGCCGACCACAUUCUCUCGUUUCUACCCAGCAGGUCGUGCUUACUGUCUGCCUGCCAACUCGUUCGCCAUGGCGACACGAGGGCAGUUCAACACCAAGAAUCCCACCAUCAAGCGCAUCCUCAAAGAAGCCUCAGAGCUUGCAUCGAAUGCCUCUUCAGACUACCAUGCCGAACCCUUAGAAGACAACCUCUUUGAAUGGCAUUUCACACUUUGCGGACCGCCCGCUCCCUCCCCAUAUGAUGGCGGCAUCUACCACGGCCGUAUAGUUCUUCCACCGACAUACCCUCUACGCCCGCCCUCGUUCCGUUUCCUCACGCCCACCGGCCGCUUCGAAGUCAACCGAGAGAUUUGCUUAUCGAUAAGUGGGCACCAUGAGGAGACUUGGCAGCCAGCAUGGGGAAUCCGGACUGCCAUGGUUGCUAUAAGGAGCUUCAUGGAUACGGAUGCAAAGGGCCAACUAGGUGGUAUAGAAUGCAGUCCUCAGAUUAGGAAGCGUAUGGCGGGAGAGAGCGGAAAAUUUCGGUGCGGCGUCUGCGGCCGAUCGAAUGCCGACAUAAUGAAAGAGCGGGAAGAGGCCGCGAAGUUGAUAGAAGCCAAAGAGGGCAAGAAGAAGGAAGAAACCGUGCCCGAGGAGCUGAGACUGGCGUAUCGAGAUGAGCUGGAGGGGUCUGGGCCUGGAGGAGAGCCAGCGCAAAGCCCUCAGACAGGAUCGAAAGGCAAGGAGAGAGGUCAGGGCCUACUGUCUGCAUCCCCUCUUCCAGCACAAGCUAGGGCUCCUCCAGCUCUACCUACCAACGCGACAUCUCCUACCCCGAUUAGGACAGUUCAACCUCCCCCAAUGCAGCAGCUCGUCCACCAGCAACCUGAUCGCUCUCUAGCCUGGAUCGAUGCCUGCAUAUAUGGCGUUGUUGGAGCAUUGCUCUUUUUGAUGUUACGAAAGUUCCUCUAGAACACCAUAUUAUUCCUGUGUUCUCCAUACUUAAGGGAAGUGCUGAUAGACUUCCUUGGGUUACUAUAGACUUUGCAGAUCCAAUCUUCUUACAAUGUGCUGAGGAAGGACAUUAGUGUCGGUGAUAUCAAUAAGUAACGAUUUCUUGCAGCAAUUAUUCUCCUUAGCUUGAAGUAUGAUAGUAAGACGUUUCUUUGAUUUCCAAUAAUG